UUAUGAUCCACCUACGUCCUUUGGUUGCGCAGUGUUUCUCUAUAUUUUACCACUAUAAAUAUAUAUUUAGAGACAAACAACUGCAAUAACCAUUCAUCAAUUAUCUCAAACACAAGAGAAAAACCUACCUUGCAAGGCAAGUAAACGAAUUAACGCAACAGGUUACAAGCUGCAGCAAACUCUAAUUUCGACAAAAACAAAGGGAAGAAGAGCGAGAAGCAAAAUGGCGCGUCGAGAAUUGGUUCUCAUUGCUCUGAUCUUGUUUGCCGUUGUCGGAGUUGCGAUGGCAGCGGAUUCGAGCAGUAGUCCUUCGGAAUCGCCGAAGAAAGACGAUAAAAAAAACUCUAAAGACGAUAAAAAAGACUCUGACAGUUCAUCUUCAUCUUCCCCAUCCUCCUCUCCAUCAUCAGAUAAGGACAAAUCAUCAUCAGGCAAGGACAAAUCAUCGGACAAGGACAAAUCAUCAUCUGCUCCGGCUCCAAGCAAGAGCAGCGACAAAGAUAGCUCAUCUCCGUCACCUAAAUCCUCUGCCAGCUCACCCAAAUCCAGCAAGGACAGCGGCAAAGACAGCGGUAAAGACAGCUCAUCACCGUCGCCUAAGUCUUCGUCUUCCUCCUCCAGCUCUCCCAAGUCCUCAAAAGACAAGGACGACAGCAGUAGCAGUCCGGCUUCUUCCCCCAAGUCAUCAAAAGACAAGGACAAAGACAAGGACAGUAGCUCCGGUCCAUCUUCCGACGACUCCUCCAGCGCCUCCGCCCCUUCCCCCGAUGACUCAGCCUCGGCAUCCCCUCCUUCCCCUACCCGUGAUACUACUACGGAGCCUCCCUCUGACGUUGUGACUGCGGACACACCCUUGCCCGCUGAGGCUCCCUCUAAAACCGCCGCCCUCCCCGCCUUCUUCUCCACUGCCUCCACCGCUGGUGCUGUCGUGCUCGCAGCCGCCUCCUUCUUUGCCUUUUGAUCAAGCAAGCUUUAAUUAGCUAAUCGUCACCCCAUGAAUACUUGCAUGCGCAUGUUCUAUUAUGCCCUAAUUAAUUCGAUGUUGGAUCCUACGUACGUGGUCGUAUAACUGUUUGUAACAUCGAAUGAUUCCACAUUUGUCCUGUUUCAUUCGUUUACUCUACUUUGUAUUAGUUUCUUUCAGAUAAUUAAUGAAAGGGCAUUUGCAUUGAAUUA